AUAUAUAUAUAUAUAUAUAUAUAUAUAUAUAAAGAGAGAGAGAGAGAGAGAGAACCGCUCAAACAAGAUACCCAAAUCGCUUUUGUAGGCUGUAUUGAAUUUGGGGAUUUUGUGAGUGUUGGAAUGGAGCUUGAAUUGGGACUCGGGAUUUCAGGCAAUGGUUUUCGGGUUGGAAUGAAGGGGUUCGACCUGAAUUGCUACGGAAGCGGUGAGACGAAGGAUGCUUUGGAUGUGGGUUCGUGUUUGUGGAGUGAGAGCAAUGGUGAUCACGGCGAGUACUGUAAUUCGGAGAAGAAACGUGGGUUUUGUGAAGCUUAUGAUCAUGAACAGGGGAAAUUUGUUCUGCCUCGAAAGACUUUGCCUCUGUUGUCGUGGGACAAUAAGCAGCCGAAUGAAGAAGAUGAUCAAACUGACGACCUUGACCAGAACUCCUCCACCAGUAACAACUAUGAAGAGGAAGAUGGAGUAGUGGGGUGGCCCCCAAUUAAGUCCUGGAGAAAGAAGCUUUGCCAGAAGAAUAAUGUUUAUGGUGGCGGUGUUGGCGGUGAUGUUGUUGGAGGCGGUGGUGAUCGUGGCGGUGGAGGAUCAAAUCCCACGUUAGUGAAAGUGAAGAUGGAAGGGGUGGUUAUAACAAGAAAGGUUGACUUAAGCCUCCAUCGUUCUUAUCAUGAACUCAUGGAUACCUUGGUUGAAAUGUUUGGGAGAGGUGAGGAAAAUGGGGAGGCUUAUAACCUCACUUAUCAAGACAGAGAAGGGGAUUGGCUGCUUGCUGGAGAUGUACCUUGGAGUUGUUUCAUCGAAUCCGUGCAACGUCUGAAAUUACUGAGGAGCAUGGAGUAACUUAAGGCCGGGGAACAAACAAUCUAAUCAGCCUCUUUUUGCUUAAUAGUAGAAAUAAAAUCAUAUAUUGGUGGUUUUCUUGUUUGAAAGCAGCAGCGGACGGAUUUAGUGUACGGAAAUUAGCUCUAAGAGCAACGUAACUGGAAGCGUUUGAGUUUCAUUUAAGUUAUCGUUAACCAAGAAAAGGAAACGACUAGAUUAUCCUGUACGUAUUCAAAUUUGAAACUGUUACUUGUUUCUAUA